AAACAAUUAAAGUCGUGCAUACUAUAAUCGUCACUACAUCAUCAUCAUCAUCAUCAUCAUCAUCAUUAUCACCAUCAUCAUCAUAAGAGUAAUUAUGUCAAAUAAUAAUGAAUCAAUCUAUCAAAUACGUUAUAAUACAUUUAUUAAACAAUUAACAAAUUAUAUUAAUUUAACUAAAUGGCCAUUAUUAUGUGUUAUGAUUCAAACAAAUAUUCAUUCAAUAAAUGAUAAAAAUAUUGGACAAUAUUUAUCUAUAUCAACGGGUUGGGGUAUAGCUAAAAUUAUUGGUUUAUUAAUAUCAACUAAUAGUUGUGGUGGUGGUGGUGGUGGUGGUGGUGGUGGUGGUGGUGGUGGUGGUGGUGAUAGUGAUGGUAACGAUCAUGAUAGUAGUAACCAUGGUAAUCAAUCAGGUUUAUUAAAUCCAUCGAUUACAUUUGCAUAUUGUUUAAUUGGUAAAUUAUCAUUUCGUUAUCUUAUCCCAUAUAGUAUAGUACAAUUAUUAGGAUCAAUAUUUGGUACAUUUAUUAUUAUUUGUAUUUAUUGGGAAAAUAUACAAUUAUAUGCUAAAUUAUAUUCAUAUGGUAAAUUAGAAAUGAAUUAUACUGGUUCAUUAUUAGUCAAUAUACCUAAUGUAUCUCAUCAAUUAUGUUUAUUAGAUUAUAUUAUAUCCAAUACAAUCUAUUCAUGGAUUAUAUUAAUCAUUAAUAAUAAUCAUAAUUUAUCAUAUGAAUUCCAAUUAAUUUAUAUUGGAUUAUUAUUCACUGGUAUUAUUGGAUCAUUAUCAUUAAAUAUUGGUAUUGGAUUAAAUCCAGCUAGUGAUUUAGGUGCAAGAAUAACAAUAUCAUUAUGUGGUUGGGGUAUUCAAGCAUUCAAAGCAAAUAAUUAUUAUUUUUGGUUACCAUUAAUUGGACCAUAUAUAGGAGCAAUAAUUGGUUCAUUAUUUUAUGGAUUUAUUAUUAGUUUACAUAUAAUACCAUCAUCUGAUAUUGAUCAAUAUAAAAUACAAAAUAAUCAAUGUACAAUAAUUAAUUCAACUAGUAACUAUUUACAAAGUAGUUUCAUUGAAGAAAUGAAUGAAGAUUUAUUUAAUAUAACAGAAAUUGAUGAUUGUUUUAUAGAUAGUGAAGAGACCAUAGAUUAAAUAACCAUUCACGACUAUCUUUGUAUUACAUAAUCAUCAUCACCAUCAUCAUCAUCCUCAUCAUAAUCACCAUGGUGAUAUUUGAAAAUAUCUCCUUUUUUUUAAUCAUCCAGUCAAUUUCAUCAAUAUAACUUCAUAUAUGAUGGAAAUAAUCUUGUAGGAUUUUCAAAUAAUAAAAGUUGCCUAAUUGGAAA